AUGAACAAGCUUCGUUCCGUCGUAUCCAAGAAGAAGCAACGAUAUCAAAAAGAAGGCUUCGACCUCGAUCUCACCUACAUUAGUGAUAGAGUGAUUAGUAUGGGUUUUCCAUCCACUGGUGCUGAAAGUCUCUACAGAAAUCCAUUGGAAGAAGUUCAAUCGUUUUUUCAAUCAAAACACGAUGACCACUACAAGAUUUAUAAUUUGUGUGCCGAGAAGAAUUAUGAUCCGAGUGUUUUUUCAAAUCGAGUGGCUAGAUUUCCUUUUGAAGACCACAAUGCACCACAUUUUUCAUUGGUAUUGGAUUUUUGUGAAGAUGCUUCUCGCUACUUGAUGGAAGAUAAACGAAAUACAUGCGCAGUACACUGUAAAGCCGGAAAAGGAAGAACGGGUACAAUGGUCUCAGCUCUCAUGCUCUACUUAAACGCUGCCAGUUCAGCAAGUGAAGCCACUGAAUUGUUUGGUAGAAUUAGAUGUAACGACUCUAAAGGUGUCACAAUUCCGAGUCAAAGAAGAUAUGUGACAUAUUUUGAGGAAUGUGUAGUUCGUAAAGGAAUGAGAUUUCCAGUGAAAGAUGCAAAAGUAGUAUUGAAAGCGGUUCACAUGAGUUCUGUACCUCACUUUGAUCGAGAUGAAGGAAGUGAUCCUUAUUUUAUUAUUCAACAACCAAUAUACAAUCGAGAAGACUUGGAUAAUUAUCACAUGGAAAAAUUGUAUGACUAUUCGCAAAAUGAAAAAGUCAAACACUUCAAGAAAGGAGAGGAAGUAUGGCUCAAGAAUAUCAAUAUUGAAGUGUCAGGAGAUUUUAGAAUUACUUUCUAUGACAUGGAUAAAGUCGGAAAGGAUGACAAAAUGUUUGUGUGUUGGCUCAACACUAAUUUUCUUCAUCUUCAUCAACCUUACAACACUUCUUCUCCAAAUUCAAUUCCACACAAAAAGAUGCUAGGACCUAAUGACAUUGUGGUACGAGUCCCUAAAGUGGAAUUGGAUAAGGCAGUCAAGGAUAAGAAACAUCAAGCAUUUGAUGCUGAUUUCUUUAUUGAUUUGAUCUUUGAAGUGAAAGAAUCAACUGUCUACUCUGAACCUCGUAAAUUUGUUUAUGAAACACCAGAAAUUGGAAAGGCAUUAUUUGGUGAAAUUCAACAAUAUGCUAAAACUGAAGCAUCUAGCAAGGAAAAGGAAAAAGCUAGAAAACUCUAUGAACAAGGAAGAGAAUUCUUUUCCAUCAAACAAUAUGCAAAUGCUGUGACAUGUUUUUCCAACGCUAUUUUAAUUGAUGGUGCUUUUGAAGAAGCAUACAUGUCAAGAGGUUUAGCCAAUAUGAAUUUGAAACGUUUUGGUGAGGCCAUUUACGAUUUCACAUCGGUCUUGAAUAUCUUGUCUAAAGGAACAACAAGUUUAGGUGAAGAACUUCCAAUUCAAGAUUCUAUCAUGAUCACAUUACGGGCCUAUCAUUCACGUGUAUUCAGAUUGCAUUAUGAUUAUACAAACUUUAUCAAGUACAUGGAUCCUCUCAGUCAUUCCAUUCAUGCCAAAUUAAGAGAAGGAAAAAUCAGUGGUGUGAAAUACGAGCAAUAUUUAUUUGAAAUGUUUCAAGCAUUUUGCAAUAAGGCCAUUGCCAUUGGAAAAAUUGUUGAAGAAUAUCCCAACAAGGACGCACAAAUAUUUAAUGACUUGUCCAAAGCGAUUGAAUAUAUUGAAAAGAUGUCUGAUCCUGCAGCCAGUACAGAAGCUCAAAAUUUUGCUCAAGUUUAUUUAUCACGAGCUCAGAGACAAACCGAUAAGGAAGCUGCCAUUGAUGACUAUUUAAAGUGUUUACUCUAUGACAAGAGCAAUAAGAAGGCAAACAAACAAUUAGCUGUUUUAUUAUAUGAACAAAAGAAUUAUCGAAGAGCGAUUCUCUUCUUUAACAAACUCAUUAAGGAUGAUCCUCAAAAUUCCAAAACCAUUACCAAUCGAGCCAUUUGUUACAUGAAAUUGGAACAAUACGAUAAGGCCAUUGAAGAUUUCAUGCUCGCUCAAAGCAUCUCACCAGAAAAUAUGACACUCUAUGUUCAAUGUGCAAGAUGUUUCCGAAAGAAGCAUGAACAACUUUCACACGAAGGUACCUCUCAAAUUCCUCCCUCUGAAAUUGAUGAAUGUGAACGACAAUAUUCUACCGUUAUUGAUCAUAUUGUAAAACAAAAGAAGAAAGCGAUAGAUUCAGCAGCAUCUCCUUCGUCCUCAUCGACCUCUCCUUCCACACCAUCUUCAUCGUCGGUAGUGCGAGAUGAUGAUUUAAAAACUCUCUAUUUUGAGCGAGGAAUGAAUCGAAUUCUUGCCAAGAGAUUUGACAAUGCAGUUCUUGAUUUUAGUUUAUGUUUAGAAUUAGAUCCGAAUCACGUGCUGGCUCUCUAUAAUCGAGCAUACACACGACAAAAACAUUUUAAACAAUACGAUCGAGCCAUUUCUGAUUAUGAACAUGUAUUGAGUUUAAAUAGUGGAGAUUUAAGAGCUCGACUCGAAAAGGGAUGUUGUUUAUAUUAUUUGAAGAAAGAUCAGGAGGCCAUGAUGGAAUGGCAAAUGGUUUUGAAGAAGGACCCAAAUAAUGAGGCUGCAAAGAUUUAUCUUGCUCAAUUAAUGAAGUAA